CGCGCGCCCCCUGGCGGGGGCCUCCGACAGCGCGGCGGCGCCGUGCGGGUUGAAGUAUCUGGGAAGAAAACCCACAGAGUUUAUUUGUGCAUGAAAAAGACACUGGAUUAUAAAUUACCUUCAAGAGCCAGAUGGAAACAAGGCAGUGGUCCGGUCAGCAAGCAAGUAUUGGAAGCAGCAAGGACAAACUUAAUGUUCUUGACAGAUGAUGACAUGUUUUCCAGUGCAUUUUGUGAAAACUCUGAGAAACUUAUUGAUGUACAUUUGUUUGCCCUGGCUGCUAAGUAUUAUUCUUUGUCCAACCUUGGAGUGUGUACCCCAUUAGAAGAUGUACUUGAAGCAUUGAAAGGAAACAGCCAAGGAGCAACAGGUAUCAAAGCAGAUGAGUUUAUGAAUAAUAAGAAAUCACAUGAAGUGCAGGUGAUGUCAGAGCUGGUAGACAACAUAGUGAAUUAUUGUGGUAUAAAGCAGGUGAUUGAUAUAGGUUCUGGAAAAGGCUACCUGAGUUCAUUUUUGUCCAUGCAAUACAACUUAAAAGUUUAUGGAAUUGACUCCUCCAACUCCAACACAGAUGGUGCUCAUGAAAGGAACAGAAAACUGAAGAAACACUGGAGAGCAUAUCAGAGUCGAGGAAGAGCAAACCUCAAAACCCAGAGUUUGGAAAAGACAAAUGACAGGCCAGUGGAAAGUGAAAUGAAAUCUAAAACGAUCAAUGAAGAGCUCUUAAAUAAUGCCAAAAGUCUUCAAAGUCGGGACCAAGUGAUUAUGCAAGAUUUAGUUCCUUCUUGUGGUUUCACAGAAAUGGGUACAUUUGAAACCAGGACAGAAACUGAAGCUGAUUUGAUGCCUCAGACAAAAUCUCAUGAGGGCAAACUUUCUGAAGAGGUUCUUGCUAUUCUAAAUGUUCUGCCUGCUGAUGCUGUAGAAGUUUUUUCUUCAUCUCAUCGUAACUGGGGGGAACUCUGUGAAGAGGAAAAAGUGCAAAGAAAAAAGACAUCUCUCAAAACUAAAGCAACAAAGUCGAGUGAAUCGAACCUCUAUUUACCCUUAACCUCUUGCAUCACUGCAGAAACAGAACUCAGUGACAUCGUAACAGAUCUGGAGGACUGUGUGAUGGUGGGUCUACAUACUUGUGGAGAUCUGGCUGCAAAUACACUACGUAUUUUUGCUGCCAAACCUGAAGUCAAAGCAGUUUGCAGUGUGGGCUGCUGCUACCAUCUGUUGUCAGAACAAUUUGAAAAACAAGAAGAAUGCUGCGACAAAGUGUGGGGAUUUCCCAUGUGUCAGUACUUGAAGGACAAAGGCUGGUGGUGUGGACGCAAUGCUAGAAUGUCAGCAUGCUUGGCUUUGGAGCGAGUUGCAGUUGGCCAAAUGCUGCCUACAGAAUCAUUGUUUUAUCGAGCUGUUCUUCAGGUUAUUAUAGAAGAAAUGUAUGGUGUUACGAAAAGCGAUCGACAUGUUGGAAAAACUUUCUCCAAAUCAUCCUCCUUCAUAGAUUAUGUCAGAAGGUCUCUGAAAAAGCUGGAACUGGAUGAUUCGAAGCUCCCAGACAGCUGUAUAAUGGAUUACUAUGAAAAAUACAAGCACAGAAUGAAUGAGCUAGAAGCAUUUAAUAUGCUGAAGGUUGUUCUGGCUCCUUGCAUAGAAGUUUUGAUACUUCUGGAUCGUCUUUGCUAUCUCAAGGAGCAGGAAAACAUUGCCUGGUCUGGACUUGUGAAGUUAUUUGAUCCUGUGAAAUCUCCCAGAUGCUAUGCAGUUAUUGCUCUGAAGGAAGAGUCAUGUUCUUAAGUGGAAGCAAAUUGCAGAGAGGUUGAAAAUUCUGAACUGAUACUGUUGUUUCCUCUCUUUAAUUGAUUCCUUAAGUACACUGUUUGCUUUUCAGCUGCAAGAGAAAAAACUGCAAUACCUCUGAAUCUUCAGAAAUAAGUAUCUCCUUUAUAAAUAUGAUGGCUUCCUUAUGUCAGUUAUUAAACAAUGUUGAACAUCUGACUUUAUUAAAAAAGUUAUGACCUAUA